AUGCCACGUCGACCACGCCAGGAAGGUGGUGACCUCUGUGCCAUCUUCAUUCAUGCUGGUGCCGGGUACCAUAGCCAUCAGAAUGAACGAGUCCAUCUCAAUGCAGUCAAUGAUGCCGCCAAAGUUGGAAUGGCUAUUUUAAAGAAUGGUGGUAAGGCCACUGAUGCCGUCGAAAUGGCUAUUCGGAUGCUCGAAGAUAAGGAGAUCACCAACGCAGGUUAUGGUAGUAACCUGACAAUAGAUGGCCACGUUGAAUGUGAUGCCACCCUAGUCGAUCACUUUGGCCGAAGCGGUGCAGUUGGUGCAAUACGGCAGGUCAAGAAUCCCAUUGCAGUUGCCCGCCUCGUUCUAGACGAGUCUACCCGGCCCAUGUCUUUGCAGCGUGUUCCACCGAAUCUCCUUGUUGGGACUGGUGCAACCGACUAUGCCGCUGACAAGGGCAUUCCUAUCCUUCCUUUUGACUUCCUGAUCUCUCAAUCUGCCUAUGAGCGCUGGCACCGCUGGAGACAGGACCUUGAAGAAUCUCAACGUCAGGACAUGCAGAGUGGUGUUCAGACGCAAUCCCUGCAGGCAAAUUCAUGGGGACAACCAGCAUCUUCUCACAGUACGCCAACAACGAAACAGUCGCUCUUGGACUCGGCAUCGCCUUCUACAAGCGGAAGCCGUCCUACUCUUGCCCGACUCCCGCCUCUGAAUCGUCCAUUGGUCGCAUCGACUGCCGACAUCCCCUCAUUAUCGCGUCCAAAUGGAGAGCACAGGUCUGAGUCAGGCUCGGAUGUGGGCGGGAUUGAUCCGCCUUUUCGUGACCUGAACAACGGGAUGGAAAGCAUGUCGAAUGAGUUGAAUGAAGAUGCCAUUGACGACAAUUUGCCAUGGGCAGCCUCUGCCCCGAAACGACAAAAGAUGAGCGGGUCGUUUGAUGGCUCACAUAAAGAUUAUUUUCGCGGCGACUCCGAUUUCCCAUCUGACAGCACUGAUCAGCUAUCGGAAGAAGUUCAAGAUGAUCGGGAAGACGACAUCACCGAUACAGUGGGAGCGAUUGCGAUUGACUGUUUCGGACGGAUAGCUGCAGGUUCAUCUUCUGGGGGGAUUGGGAUGAAACACAAGGGACGUUGUGGACCGGCAGCACUCGUUGGAAUUGGUACCACCGUGAUUCCGAUUGACCCACAAGAUCCAAUGGAGACGUGUGUUGCAACCGUGACAAGUGGUACAGGGGAGCAUAUGGCAACGACGGCGGCGGCGGCUACAGCGGCGGAUCGCAUCUAUGCUUCUGUGAGGAAAGAAAACGGUCGGCUACUUGCAUGCCACGAGGAUGAAGCUAUGCAUUCAGUGAUUCAAAAUGAUUUCAUGAGGCACCCCGGAGUGAGCAAGAGCCAUUGUGUGGGGGCAAUUGGCAUUCUUGCGGUCAAGAAAUCGCGCGACGGGAUCUACUUCUACUUUGGGCACAACACGGACUCGUUUGCACUGGCAUCUAUGCACUCGGAGGAACGCAAACCGGUGUGUACGAUGUCUCGGAGCAAAGGGCAUGGUGCAAUCGCACAAGGCGGACGAGUGUCUCGGGCCAAAAACGCUCGUCCCGUACGCUGA